AUUUACGACAGUGCAAUGGACAUGCAAGUCCUGCACAAGUUCCUUAAGCAGGUUACGGCGUAUCUGACAGGUUACGACGUACCGAAACGACAGCGAGUCGCUACGCUCGCAAACUUCCUAGGUGGAAGGGCAUACGAGUUUUACGUGGUCUCGGUGUCUGAUCGACCUGAGGAUUGGACUGUACACCAGUUCUUCACGGAGCUUUUCAAUUAUUGCUUUCCUGUUACUUUUCAUGCAAAAAUGAGAAGUCGACUGUGCAACUGCCAACAAUGUGAGCGGAAUGUAAAGGAAUAUGUCCACGAACUUGAAGGACUUUUCCAGCUGGUCGGAGUUCUAUCUCCUGAGGAAAAAGUAGAUCAGCUCUGGUACGGGCUGAACCCCUACAUACAGAGCGAGCUCUGGCUCAAGGAGCUGAACCCUCUCCACUCCAAGUGGAAAGAAGUGGUGGCCAUGGCUGAGAUUGUCGAGAUUGCUAAGUCG